CUUUUUGACGGUUCGAACGACAGUUCGCAUAUCGAUGAAAGCAGAAUAUUUUAAAAAGAUUCGUUAUUAUUUCGUAUUUGCAGUGCCUUUAAUAGAUUAAAAAUAUAGGUGAUGAUCCUCCGUUUCUUUUUAUUCGGAUUGUCUUUCCAUUGGUGCUAUUCAAAAGUCGUACUCAAUGAACUAUCAACUGUAUACGUACCAUUUGACUAUGAUCCGGAACCUAAGUAUAAAAUGUUUGCUGAAGCCUCGGAGCAGAUUACCUACGAUCCUCAAUCUAAACUUGCCUAUACAAUAGGCGGAUCAGGAUACCUGCAUGUAGUAGAUGUUUCAGAACCCAGCGAAGCUAAAAUCAUCUCCUAUGAAAAAAUUGAAGGUGUUCCAAAUGAUAUUGAUACUUGUGGCGGUUAUGUUGCCGCAACUGUUAGACAUAUCUUUCAGCCUCUUCCCGGAAAAGUAGUUUUGUUUGAAGGCUAUUCAAGAGAGAGAAAAAGUAUGAGGAGAAUAAGAGAUAUAUCAGUUGGCAAUUCACCCGCAAGUAUGAUCACCUUUACUAAAGAUUGCCGAAAGAUUCUUGUCGCCAACGAAGGCGAAGCAGGAAAAGACGAAAUGGGUAAAUUCUUUGACCCAGAAGGUGGCGUUAGCGUUAUAAGUUUUUCGACCUCUAAUCUUGGUAAGGAAGAACCGUUAGUGAAGCACGCAGACUUUACCAAGUUUAAUAAAAAGGCGAAAGAAUAUGUUAAAAAAGGUGUCCGAUGGGUUUACAAGGGGGAGAGAACAGGCAAGAACACAAAAUUCUCACAAGAUAUUGAACCAGAAUAUUUAGCUCUAAGCGCAGAUGAGAAGCUAGCUUACGUAGUCCUUCAAGAGAACAAUGCUAUGGCCGUUUUAGAUGUAGAAAAAGUUGAAUUUAUUGAACUAUAUCCUCUAGGAUUUAAAUAUUGGCCAAACUACGGAGGUUUCGACGCCUCCGACAAGGACAAAGGUAUACACAUUGAACCCUGGCCGGUUUAUGGUAUGUUCCAACCAGAUGCCGUCAAAAUGUUUAUUCAUAAUAAUGUUACCUACCUUGUAACGGCGAAUGAAGGCGAUAAAAAGAUAUACACAAAAGAAGAGCAUGGUUUAGCUUGGUCCGAAACUACCAGAGGUGCCACUCUGGCUCAUGGAAACCUUCUCUCAGAAUCGAUGCCAUACGAGUUGGUUGAAGCUCUAUACGACCCCACAAAAUUGGGUCGUUUAAGAGUAAGUCUUGUUGACGGAAGAGAAAAAAAACUAAAAUAUAAGAAACUUUUUGCCUAUGGUGGACGAAGUUUUACCAUAUGGUCUACCAAUGGUAUAGAAAUGGUCUAUGAUAGCGGUAGUGAUAUUGAAAGGAAACAUGCCCUCCAGAUGCCAUUGUUGUUCAAUAGUCAUGUAGAGAAUGGAAAUCAUUUACCAACAGAAGAUGCUGACUACAGAUCAGAUGAUCAUGGACCUGAAGUCGAAAUUGUUGAGACAGGAGUUAUCGAUGGUACAACUUAUAUAUUCGUUGGAAAUCAAAGAGUUUCAACGCUUAUUAUAUACUCCCUGCCAAAUGAUAAAAUUGAACCUACAUUUGAGGGUUUGCACAGAGGAGGAGACACUGACGCAAGUUGGAAUCAAUUAUUUAAAGAGAGGAGAAUAGGAGAUACAGAUUUACAAGAUUUAAGAUUUGUAAGCGCUGAAAAGAGUCCAAACGGCAAACCAAUGCUAUUAGUGAGUGGCAGUUUAAGUGGUACUUUGGCAGUCUACGAAAUCCAAGUCGAAUAG